AUGGCUAUGAAGAAACUGUACAUUGGUUCCCUUCUGGGCGCCCUGCUAGUGCAUUCACUCGUGGUUGAGUUGGCCAUUUGUUCCUCAAACUUCACUGAUCAAUUGGCUCUCCUCUCCUUCAAAUCCUCAAUCAACUUUGAUCCCAAUAAUGUGUUGAGUAACUGGACACAAGAAACCAACUUUUGUGGCUGGGCGGGGGUCUCUUGUAGCCGUCGUAGUCAAAGAGUCACGGGUUUGAUCCUUCGCGGCAUGGGUCUCCAAGGCACCAUAUCUUCUCGUGUCGGUAACCUUUCCUUCCUCCAAGUGCUCGAUCUACGCAACAACAGCCUCCAUGGUCAUCUGACCGAUGAAGUUGGCCGUUUGCAUUACUUGACAAGUCUAUUGUUAACGAACAAUAUGUUGGAAGGAGGCAUCCCAAUGGAUUUGCACCGGUGUCGGAUGCUUCGUCUCAUAUAUCUUACAAAAAAUAAUUUUAACGGUAGCAUACCAAAAGAGUUGAGUACCUUACCCUUUUUGAGGUAUCUUGCACUAGGAGAAAAUAAGCUUACAGGUACCAUUCCACUUUCCUUCGGCAACACUUCAAGCUUACAACGGCUUGUGUUACAAUUUAACAACAUUCAUGGAAGAAUUCCAACUGAAUUAGGACAACUUCAAAAUCUGCAGACAAUUUCCUUUACUGACAAUCGUCUCACAGGUACCAUUCCACCUUCAUUUGGCAAUACUUCAAACUUAACAUGGAUUGACUUGGCAUAUAACAUCAUUCACGGAAGAAUUUCAACUGAAUUAGUACAACUUCCAAAUCUGCACACAUUUGACUUGAGCUCCAAUUAUCUCACAGGUCCAAUUCCAUCUGGGUUGUUUAAUCUUUCGUCAUUGUUGCACUUACUCCUUGGUGCUAAUCGACUCAACGGUCAACUCCGAGAAUUCCCAAAUAAUUCAUUACGAUUGUUAGAUUUGAGCAUCAAUGAACUAAGUGGCCCCAUCCCAUCACUUGUGGUGAGAAACCUUUUUAUCUCACAUAAUAAAUUCACAGAGAUCCCUUCGGCGAUUUGCAAUGUGAGUUCCGUUGAGAUCCUUGAUUUGUCUCAUAAUAGCUUGAGUGGUGUAAUUCCACAAUGUUUAGUAAACUUCAGCAAUGUACUCAGUGUGUUAGAUCUUAGAAUGAAUAACUUUCACGGUAGCAUUCCGACCUCAUUUGUAGAGGGAAACAAGUUGAGGACUAUUAAUUUAAACGGGAAUCAAUUGGAAGGGAAAGUGCCACGAUCCUUGGCAACAUGUAGACACUUAGAAGUUCUAGACUUCGGGAACAACAGUAUAAAUGACACAUUCCCCUACUGGUUGGAAACUCUUCUAGAGUUGCAAGUCCUUGUCUUUCAAUCCAAUAAGCUUCAUGGUCCCAUGGGCUCUUCCAAAGCUCAGCUACCCUUUCCUAAACUUCGAAUCUUGGAUCUCUCUCACAAUGAGUUUAGUGGCUUUUUGCCAACAACAUAUUUCAAGCAUUUCAAAGCUAUGAGGAUCAUCAAUGAAAGUGUAGGACUGAGAUAUAUGGGGCAAUCUUACUAUAAUUACUAUAAUGAUUCAGUGACAAUCAUGAUAAAGGGUCUUGAGAUUGAAUUACCAAGAAUUCUAACAAUUUUCACGACGAUUGACCUAUCACACAACAAAUUUAGUGGAGAGAUUCCAAAUGUCAUGGGAAAGCUUCAUGCACUUCGAUUUCUUAACUUAUCUCACAACUACCUUGUUGGCAAUAUCCCUUCAUCAUUCGAAAAUCUAUGUUCGCUUGAAUCCUUGGACCUCUCUUCAAACCAACUUUCUGGUAAGAUUCCUAGCCAAUUGACAAGUUUGACAUUUCUUGCAGUCUUAAAUUUUUCAAAAAAUCAUCUUGAGGGUCGCAUACCUCGUGGCAACCAAUUUGAAACAUUUGAAAAUAGCUCGUACAAUGGGAACUUGGCAUUGUGUGGAUUUCCUCUAUCAAAGGAAUGUGAAGAUAAUAAGACACAACUACAUCCAACACCUAUGUUGCACAAGGAAGAUUAUCCAUCUUUUGCACGUGGAUUUAGUUGGAAAGUGGUACAAAUGGGGUACGUAUGUGGAAUGGUAUUGGGAUUGGUAAUGGGAUAUCUUAUGUUCUUAAUUGGAAAACCAAAAUGGUUUGUAAGAAUUGCUAAGUGAUAACAACAAAAGAAAGGAAAAAGGUCACACAAGGGUGGUAAUAGAGACGGUGGAAGAAAAAAGUAGCAAACACAAAUGUCAUGUCUAGUAGGUAGUGUUUU